CUUUUCUCUCAGCCGCGGGAACCUAGAGUUCAAGAGCUCCCUGAGCGCCUGCGCGGGGGGCCGCAGAGGCGCUGGCGAACGGCGGGGUGGCCAGUGCGCAUGCGUAACACGGCUUGACAGAGCGCGGAGGAAAAAUCCGCGAGAAGGUGGUGGAAGAAGAUGGCGGUGCUAGGGCCGAGUUUACAAUCUUUUUGAAUAGACUAGUCCAGUAACUGUUCGGGUCAUGGCGUCAAACUCAACUAAGUCUUUCCUGGCAGAUGCAGGCUAUGGAGAACAGGAGCUGGAUGCUAACUCUGCCCUUAUGGAAUUAGACAAAGGUCUGAGAUCUGGCAAACUUGGUGAACAGUGUGAAGCAGUUGUUCGCUUUCCCAGGCUCUUUCAGAAGUAUCCAUUCCCUAUUCUCAUCAAUUCUGCAUUCCUAAAGUUAGCUGAUGUUUUCAGAGUUGGAAACAAUUUCCUGAGGCUCUGUGUUCUUAAAGUUACUCAACAAAGUGAGAAGCAUUUGGAGAAAAUUCUAAAUGUGGAUGAAUUUGUGAAGAGAAUUUUCUCUGUGAUUCAUAGUAAUGAUCCUGUAGCAAGAGCCAUCACACUCCGCAUGUUGGGAAGUCUGGCAUCAAUAAUUCCUGAAAGGAAGAAUGCUCACCAUAGUAUUCGUCAGAGUCUGGAUUCACAUGAUAACGUAGAAGUUGAAGCUGCUGUUUUUGCUGCUGCAAACUUCUCUGCACAGUCAAAGGAUUUUGCUGUAGGAAUCUGUAACAAAAUCAGUGAAAUGAUUCAAGGCUUAGCCACACCAGUAGACUUGAAGCUAAAGUUGAUCCCAAUCCUACAGCACAUGCACCACGAUGCGAUCCUGGCUUCCAGCGCUCGUCAGCUGUUACAACAGCUAGUCACGUCCUAUCCUUCUACCAAAAUGGUGAUUGUUUCUUUGCACACUUUUACUCUGCUUGCAGCUUCAUCUUUGGUGGAUACACCUAAGCAGAUUCAGCUUCUCUUACAGUAUUUGAAGACUGACCCCAGGAAAGCAGUAAAGAGACUUGCUAUUCAAGAUCUGAAAUUACUUGCCAAUAAAACACCGCAUACUUGGACUAGGGAAAACAUUCAGGCACUCUGUGAAUGUGCCCUCCAGACUCCUUAUGACAGCUUAAAACUCGGGAUGUUGUCUGUCCUUUCCACACUGUCAGGGACUAUCGCUGUCAAACAUUACUUCAGCAUAGCUUCGGGAAAUGUGGGUUCUUCGCCUAGAUCCUCUGAUUUAGUCAAAUUAGCCCAAGAGUGCUGUUACCAUAAUAACAGGGGCAUUGCAGCUCAUGGAGUCAGAGUACUAACUAAUAUAACUGUUUCUUGUCAAGAAAAAGACCUUUUGGCACUGGAACAAGAUGCUGUUUUUGGCCUGGAAGCCCUUCUGAUACUUUGUAGUCAAGACGAUAGUCCAGGUGCUCAAGCCACUUUAAAGAUUGCUCUGAACUGUAUGGUGAAGCUGGCCAAGGGCAGACCCCAUCUUAGCCAGUCAGUGGUUGAGACCUUGUUGACUCAGUUGCACAGUGCUCAGGAUGCUGCCCGGAUCCUGAUGUGCCAUUGCCUGGCUGCCAUUGCCAUGCAGCUGCCGGUGCUGGGUGAUGGAAUGCUGGGUGACCUCGUGGAACUCUACAAGGUGAUUGGACGAUCAGCCACAGACAAGCAGCAGGAACUUCUGGUGAGUUUGGCCACUGUGAUUUUUGUCGCCAGUCAGAAAGCACUCUCUCCUGAGGUAAAGGCAGUAAUUAAACAGCAGCUCGAAAGUGUCUCCAAUGGGUGGACUGUGUACCGAAUCGCCAGACAGGCAUCCAGAAUGGGUAAUCAUGACAUGGCCAAAGAGCUUUAUCAGAGUUUGCUGACUCAGGUUGCCUCAGAACAUUUCUACUUCUGGCUGAAUAGUUUGAAGGAGUUCUCACAUGCAGAACAGUGUCUCACUGGAUUGCAAAAGGAAAAUUAUAGUUCAGCACUUUCUUGCAUUGCUGAGUCUUUAAAAUUCUACCACAAAGGGAUUGCAUCCCUAACGGCUGCCAGUACACCACUGAAUCCUUUAAGUUUUCAGUGUGAAUUUGUAAAACUCAGGAUUGACCUUCUACAAGCCUUCUCGCAACUUAUCUGUACUUGUAAUAGCCUAAAGACAAGCCCCCCACCUGCAAUUGCCACAACAAUUGCCAUGACCUUAGGGAAUGACCUUCAGAGGUGUGGUCGCAUCUCCAAUCAGAUGAAACAGUCCAUGGAAGAAUUCCGAAGCCUUGCUUCCCGAUAUGGAGAUCUUUAUCAGGCAUCUUUUGAUGCCGAUUCAGCAACUUUGAGAAAUGUAGAGCUACAGCAGCAGAGCUGUUUGCUGAUAUCUCACGCAAUAGAAGCUCUGAUUUUGGACCCGGAAUCUGCAAGUUUCCAGGAAUAUGGAUCUACUGGAACAGCCCAUGCUGAUAGUGAAUAUGAGAGAAGAAUGAUGUCUGUGUAUAAUCAUGUCUUGGAGGAGGUGGAAUCACUCAAUCGGAAAUAUACCCCUGUUUCUUAUAUGCAUACAGCAUGCCUCUGCAAUGCCAUCAUUGCUUUGCUGAAAGUUCCUCUUUCAUUUCAGAGAUAUUUUUUCCAGAAACUGCAGUCUACCAGCAUUAAGCUUGCUCUGUCACCAUCCCCACGGAACCCUGCAGAGCCCAUCGCUGUCCAAAAUAACCAGCAGCUGGCGCUGAAGGUGGAGGGAGUGGUUCAGCAUGGAUCCAAACCAGGACUUUUUCGCAAAAUUCAGUCUGUCUGUCUGAAUGUUUCUUCCACGCUACAGAGUAAAUCUGGACAAGACUACAAGAUACCCAUCGACAAUAUGACCAAUGAGAUGGAGCAGAGGGUUGAGCCUCAUAAUGAUUACUUUAGUACUCAGUUUCUGUUGAACUUUGCUAUCCUUGGAACACACAAUAUUACAGUGGAAUCUUCAGUGAAAGACGCCAAUGGUAUUGUAUGGAAGACUGGUCCCAGAACUACCAUAUUUGUCAAAUCCCUGGAAGACCCUUAUUCCCAGCAAAUCCGCCUACAACAGCAGCAAGCCCAGCAGCCAUUACAACAGCAGCAGCAACGGAAUGCCUACACGCGAUUUUAGCCACGUGACGAGUGUACUACAGGCUUUACAGGAAUCGAUGAAAUUGUCAAAAAUAGUUUGCUUUUCCACAUGGAUUAAGAUAUGAAAGUUUUAACGCAGACUCUGUUUACUCAUUGGUUUCUGCAAUGUAAUCUGAAAAAUGAUUUUUUUUACCUUAAAAAUUUCAUUCGAGAGAUAUUUGGGUUACUAACCAGAAAGAUUUUUUUCCCUUGUUCCUUUAACCAAGUCCUUUAUCUCAUAUUUAACAUUUUCAUUCUUUUAUUAGUGUUUUUACUGCUGCUGAGCCUUUUCUUUUUCUUUCAAGAAAAGUCACAUAUUGGGAUCACUGAAUUAGUAAAUUUGACUGUUUCUCUACCAAAAUAUACUACUUGCUGCUUGACACAGGCCUGUAAUUCUGAGCUAUGCCUUGGGGAGUUCUGACCAGUAGGGUACAGGGUUCACCCGUAGUAGAAGAAACUGAGUCUUCCCGUGGGUGGACUUAGAAAUGUCCCCUGAAACGUCCAGUUUCUGGGUUACGAGAGCAGGCAGUCUAGCAGAAUUGAGACAUCCUGCUAUACAUAUUAUUUCAACUACUUACCUAUCUGUUCUGUGCUAAAGCAAUCUUAAUUUAUUGUUUUAGUAUUUAAUUGACCCAAAGAGCAGCUAGCAAUUACAUAGGAAGAUUUGGAGAUUAAUAAUUUUUUUUUUAUUAUGCGUGUGAUUGUGUAGACUUUGUACAUUGUUUCUAAGAGUGAAAAAAAUCACUCACAUUUAAUAUCUUAUUGUUUUAAGGUAGGAGGGCAGAUCUUUUCCUUUGAUUGAUUUAGUUUCUUCUUGGCAAGUUCUGUAACGCUAGACUUGAUUGUCUAGAAAGGACCGUCUCCUUAUAACCAACCUCAAUUAGUUGAGAUGCUCAGGGAAUAGAAGUUUUCUGGUUAGCCAGAAAACUCCUUUUUUCUAUUUCAAUACUGGCUGAAAACCAUUGUAAAAUCUAAUAAUAGUAUGCUUUCUUGUCUUAACACAGUGCAGUAGAUAAAAUUUAACUAUUCUUUCUUGAUUUGGGAUCAGUCAGUGCUUUGGGAUCAUGAUUUCUAAACAUCAGGGAUCACAGAUUGCAGAUAUCGAUGAUAUGGUCACUUAGGCUGGAAUCAGCUCUGAAUGUGAAGCAGACACAUUCCUUGGAAGUUUCUUUUUAAAAUAAAUCUCUCAAUUUCA